GGAGAGCGAUGGGAAGAGGGGGAGAGAGGGGACGGUGUGAGGGUGCGGUGCCCCUCUUUCUGGCUUGAGUCUUCAGCCUUCUCUUCUCCAAAUUCCAAUCCGCCGUUUCGCUAUUAGAGUUCAAAACCCCUCUCUUUCUCUCUCUCUAACCAAUCACCCUCCCCUUUACUUUCUCUCUCUAAACCCGCCUUUACCUUUUUCAAAAACCUCUUAUAAAACGGCACUCACCCUCAGCAGCGAACCCAUUCUAUUGUCUUCUGCGCACCGACUCUCGAUUCUCUGGGCACCGCCAUGGACGAGGAAGACCCUGUGAGUCUCUUCAUGAGCCUUGAUCAUUGGCGUGAGUUUCCGAUCGACGCUGAUGAUGACGAGGAUUCGUCGCAGUGUCCUCUCUCGUCGCCGUCCGAGACUUACCUGGUGGGUUUCGUCAUAGUCAACAUCGUGGGUAUUCAGUACUAUUCGGGGACCAUCAGCGGCCGCGAAAGGGUUGGGCUGGUGCGGGAACCGUUGAAUCCGUACGACAGGAACGCCAUCAAGGUGCUCAACACGACGACGAUCCAGGUGGGUCACAUUGACCGGUCGGCGGCGGCGGUUCUGGCGCCGUUGAUGGACGCUAAUUUGGUGACUGUGGAAGGCAUUGUUCCCAACACUCCCGGAAGUGGAAACAGGUAUCGAAUUCCAUGCCAAGUUCAUAUAUUUGCACAGAUUGAGUGGUUUCCACGGGUGCGGUCAGCAAUUUCCAGAGGUGGGUUGCAGCUAAUUUCGGAUUCGGAUCCAUCGUUUACCUUGUCAGAAGCUGUUAUUGUGAAGGAGAAGAAGUGUGAUAAGGAGUUCAAGAGUUUGGAUGAGAUAUUCAAGUUGGCUAUUGAGAAUGUGAACAAACAGGGGGCCUUGGAAGCCAUGGAGCCCCCGAAGGAUGUGAUCAAAUCGGAGCUUUUCUUGCACCAAAAGGAAGCUUUGGGAUGGCUGGUUCACAGGGAGAAUUCCUGUGAAUUGCCCCCUUUCUGGGAAAAGCAAAAUGGGUCUUAUGUCAAUGUGUUGACCAAUUACCAAACAAACAAGCGGCCAGAGCCAUUGAGAGGUGGAAUUUUUGCUGACGAUAUGGGAUUGGGUAAAACUCUAACAUUGUUAUGUUUAAUUGCUUUCGAUAAAUGCAGUAGUGAUCUUUCUUAUAGUGUAAAUAGGGACAAUAUCGAAAAACUUGGUGAAGAGGAUGAGGAACUCAUUGUUUCAAGUGGUAAGAAGUCUAGGAAGGGGAGAGUGAGUAGAAAGGCCAGUGGCUUGCGCAAAAAACGCAAAACUGAUGAUACCCCUUCUGAUGACAUGCUAAAAGGAAACUCUGUGGGUGCUUCUCAUAAGUUUUCAACUGUUUUAGUUUCAAAGACCACAUUAAUAGUCUGUCCUCCUUCUGUAUUUUCAACCUGGGUAACACAGUUAUUGGAACAUACUACACCCAAAAGGUUGAAGGUGUAUAUGUAUUAUGGAAAUAGGACUCAAGAGGCGGAAGAGCUUCAGAAGUAUGAUAUAGUGUUGACCACGUAUAGUACCUUGGCUACUGAAGAAGCUUGGUCAGGGUCUCCUGUGAAGAAGAUAGAAUGGUGGCGAGUUAUUUUGGAUGAAGCACAUAUGAUCAAGAAUGUGAAUGCUCAACAGAGUCAAGCUGUCACCAAUCUGAGGGCCAAGCGGAGGUGGGUUGUUACAGGAACACCCAUCCAGAAUGGCACAUUUGACUUGUUUUCUCUCAUGGCAUUUUUGAGGUUUGAGCCAUUUUCAAUUAAGAGCUACUGGCAGAGCUUGGUGCAACGCCCACUUGGUCAGGGAAAAGAGAAGGGGCUCUCACGGCUGCAGGUUUUAAUGGCAACCAUCUCAUUGCGAAGAACAAAAGACAAGGGUUUGAUUGGAUUGCCACCUAAAAGUGUAGAAACUUGUUUUGUGGAACUCUCUGCAGAAGAACGUGAACUGUAUGAUCAGAUGGAAGCAGAAGGAAAGUGUGUCAUCCGUGAUUAUAUUGAUGCUGGUAGUGUGAUGCGCAACUAUUCAACUGUACUUGGCAUAAUUUUACGACUUCGUCAGAUUUGUACAGAUGUAGCUUUGUGUCCCUCAGAUCUGAGAUCACUGCUUCUAUCUAACAACAUUGAAGAUGUAUCUAAUAACCCGGAAUUGCUUAAAAAGAUGGUCUUAGUGCUACAAGAUGGUGAAGAUUUCGACUGUCCAAUUUGCAUUUCUCCACCGACUAAUAUUGUCAUUACAUGUUGCCACAUCUUUUGCCGUGUCUGCAUCCUGAAAACUCUGAAGCGCACCAAACCCUGUUGUCCCCUUUGCCGCCAUCCUUUGUCACAAUCUGACCUUUUCUCAGCCCCUCCGGAAUCUACUGAAACAGACAACAGUGAAAUACCCUCUUCUGAAUGUACAUCUUCCAAGGUGCUUACACUCCUAAAAUUUCUUUCUGCAUCAAGGGAUCAAAAUCCUUCUACAAAAUCAGUGGUAUUUUCACAAUUCCGGAAAAUGUUAUUGUUACUCGAGCAACCACUUAAAGCAGCAGGUUUCAAGAUCUUGCGCUUGGAUGGGUCAAUGAAUGCAAAAAGACGAGCUCAAGUGAUUGAGGAAUUUGGAGCCCCCGGCCCAAAUGGCCCCACAGUGUUGCUUGCAAGUCUGAAGGCUUCAGGUGCCGGUAUAAAUCUUACAGCUGCUUCCAGGGUCUAUUUGUUGGAGCCAUGGUGGAACCCAGCAGUUGAGGAACAGGCCAUGGACCGUGUCCACCGCAUAGGGCAAAAGGAGGAUGUAAAAAUCGUGAGGUUGAUUGCUCGAAACAGCAUUGAGGAGCGAAUAUUGGAGUUGCAGGAGAGGAAGAAGAAGUUGGCUAAGGAAGCCUUUGGGAGGAGGGGCCUGAAGGAUAGGAGGGAGGUUGGUGUAGAAGAUCUCCGCAUGCUCAUGUCCUUGUAAGUUGUUUUUUUUUGUUCAUGUAUGUGCAUAUUUGUACACAACUCCCAUGUAUGGAGCUUCUGUUAUUUUAGGAUCAGAUGCAACACCGAACAUGGUAUAUGCAUAACAUAGGUUUCCUUGAAUUUUGGAACAAUUUCUUCCAACUUUGGUGGCAAAGGAAAAAGUUUGUCAAGAAAAUUAAAGUUCAUUUAUAUUGUCUUCUUGUUGUUCUCA